CGCUAAAGAGUACGUCUUCUUAUGGGAAGUGAGCUUCUGUUGCAGCAUUAGCCUUCACCUUGACCUAGAUUUCAGUGGAAUGUGCAACACUUCUUCACCCUUAGCCUUCUGAAUGUGAUAGAUGUACCAUUUGGUGUUGAACAGAAGGUUUAAAAAAGAAAUCGGUAUGAUCAGUUGCUGUCAGCUGUGACAUUUCUAUUGAAGAAGAGCAACAACAACAGUACUGUAGUGUGUAAGGUCAGGCAUAACUGUGACAAUGGUGGUGAGGACAUAUAAGGAAGAGUUACGCUUCUUAGAGAAGUUAUCUGACUGUUGUUGGAAAAUCAGAAAAGGCUUCGUGUCUAAUAUGAAGGUGGAUGGAGUAUUUUACGUGAAUGAACACCUAGAGAAACUUAUGUUUGAUGAACUGAAGGCAUCAUGUAACAGUCAAGGUUUUGGGGGUUUCCUACCAGGGAUGAAACAAAUAGCAAAUGUUGCAGCUCUACCAGGCAUUGUUGGGAAAUCAGUUGGUCUUCCGGAUGUACAUUCUGGAUACGGGUUUGCCAUUGGUAACAUGGCGGCCUUUGACAUGGAUGACCCCAAGGCAGUUGUGUCCCCAGGGGGUGUGGGGUUUGACAUUAACUGUGGGGUCAGACUAUUAAGGACUAAUCUCUUUGAAAAAGACGUUCUCCCCGUCAAGGAGCAGCUUGCACAGAGUUUGUUUGAUCAUAUUCCAGUUGGAGUUGGUUCAAAAGGUGUUAUACCUAUGACAGCAAAAGAUCUAGAGGAGGCCUUGGAAAUGGGGAUGGACUGGUCACUCAGAGAAGGUUAUGCGUGGGCAGAGGACAAGGAACACUGUGAGGAGUAUGGCCGCAUGCUGCAGUCUGAUCCUUCCAAAGUCAGCUUCAGAGCUAAGAAGAGAGGACUGCCACAGCUGGGCACCCUGGGGGCAGGGAACCACUACGCAGAGAUACAAGUGGCUGACAAAAUCUUUGACAAGUUUGCUGCCAAGAAGAUGGGGAUAGAGGAAGAGGGUCAGGUGUGUGUGAUGAUCCACAGUGGUAGUCGUGGCAUGGGACACCAGGUGGCGACAGGUCAACUCUACCAUAAGGUUGGCUGUCAGCAGGUCAACUCUGCCAUAAGGUUAGCUGCCUUUGCCAAAAUGUUCAACACCACUCCAGAUGACCUGGAUAUGCACGUUAUAUAUGAUGUGUCUCAUAACAUUGCCAAAGUGGAGGAACACUGGAUAGAUGGGAAGCAGAAGACGUUACUGGUGCACAGGAAGGGGUCAACCAGAGCAUUUCCUCCACACCAUCCUCUUAUCCCUGUGGACUAUCAGUUAACUGGUCAGCCAGUGUUAAUAGGGGGUACUAUGGGUACAUGCAGCUAUGUGUUAACGGGAACAGAACAUGGCAUGCAGGAAACCUUUGGAUCUACUUGCCAUGGGGCAGGAAGAGCGCUUUCCCGAGCCAAAUCACGACGGAAUCUUGACUACACAAUGGUUCUAGAUGCUUUAGCCGAAAAAGGGAUAUCCAUUCGUGUUGCCUCACCAAAACUAGUCAUGGAAGAAGCACCAGAGUCGUACAAAAAUGUAACAGAUGUUGUGGAUACCUGUCAUGCAGCUGGCAUAAGUAAAAAAUGUAUUCAACUUAGGCCUAUAGCAGUCAUCAAGGGAUGAAUUAAUGACAGAUUUAUGUGAUUGACUUUUGGAGAGUUUUUCAAAAGAAUGGAGUUGGAAGUCUCACUGUGCAAACUGCAGAUUUUUGUUUCCAUUGACGUAAAAGGAAUAACUAGCAAUCUGCUUCAUUGGAAAUAUUAAGCCUGUGAAAGGUGAAAACUAUGUUUUCAACCAGCAAUCAACUUAUUAUUAUAUAUUAAGUGGACUGCUGCAGAUUUAUCGACACUUUAAUCAUUUCCAGCUCUUCAACAAGGAUGGCUGAAUUAGCUUUAUUAUUUAAAGUUCAAAUUCCAUUAACUAAAUAUAAACUAAAUAUACUAGGAGACCUUCAUUGACCUUAAUUUGUUUUUCGUUUGUAGUACAGUCAUUUAAGGUCUCACUUCUUAUUCGCCUCCAUGUACAGAUGUAGCCUACUGUGCAUGUAAUGUUGAGAUGUAAGCAUCAGAUUAAGACAUCUCUAUGUGUUAAUGGAUUAAUUGUCAUAUUAUGUAUUACAGUUAGUCUCCACAGAAUUAAUUGUCAUGUUGUAUAAUAAGUACAUUUUCAGUUGCCUUAAUUGUGAAUGUUGCCAGGUUUUUUAAUUAACACUUCCUACUUCAUAUUUGAACCCAAAGAAGGAGUGUUUUGAAAGGUGGUAGUUUUCACAAGCUAUUAGUACUACAGGUAUAUACGAUAAAAAAAGUUUAUUUGCAACUUAAUACGACUGAAGUCUACAAUACAUUAUUGGUCAGUACAGUCAUUACACUAUUGGCGUAUUUCCAACUUUUUUGGAACCAAAAAUAUCAUUGGCCUAGAUUUCUGACUUUUCCACUAAAUAGCAGCCACCAGAGAAGUUUUGAAUGCUUCAUCUUGAGGAAUAUCAGGCUAUUUUUCUUUUUUCUAGUUUUUUUUUAUGUUAUCAUUUUGUGGUUUUGUAAGGCCUGGGUGCUAAACUUGGUUGGCAUAUUCCAGUGUACACAAAAUCUAGGUCUUAAGACUGACAUGCAUGUAACAGUAUAAGUACACUGUAUGUGUUUUUAAAGAGAAAACCUGCCUUAUUUUGCAUAUGUUGAUGUGCUCUCCCAACUGUAACAUUACUGAUAUUUACACAUCAAGGUGUUUUAUGUUCUUCUCAAACAAUUUUCUUUUAUUUUGCUUGAAUAUUUAGAAAACUUGUUUAACAAAAGUUUAAUUAAUAACAACUGGGUCAAAGAUCAAUUUAGUGAGAUGUGCUGUUGCUGAAGGGAGACGUUUCUGUUUUCAAACGUUUCCAUAGCAAUAAUAAUGGUAUGAUCCGCCAUAUCUGAAAGUGACCAAAUCACACAAAGGAAAGCAAAUAAAGCUUUAUUUCUAAUGGUCAGAUGUGAAUUCAUUUCAAAUGUGUGACAAAAAUUAUACAUA